GUGCAAUUUCACCUUGUUAAUGUGUUUGUGCGUCUUGUGUCUAUGUCUGAUUUGUUUGUGAAAAUGUCCUUGUGUAACUACCAGCCGACGAACGUAAACAUUUUGAUGGUGGGCGAGAUAGCCAGUGGAAAGUCCACUCUAAUAAACGCUCUAGCGAACUAUUUAUCGUUCAGAGAUUUCAAUUUGGCUUUGAAACUGCGUAGGCCGGUCAUAUUGGCGCCUACUGCAUACAAUGUGGCGGACAGGAUGGGCACUCGGUUCGUGGUAACCGCCGGGAAUGUACUGAAUCCUUUUGUCACGCAUAAAGGCGUAUCUGCAACUCAGGAUUUCAGAACGUAUUCUUUCCAAAUUUGGAACGGCUUGGUUACGAUCAGAAUAAUUGAUACGCCUGGUUUGGGCGAUUUCAGAGGCCCAGCAGAAGACAAUAAAACCAUCGAGAACAUCCUAAACUACAUCGGAAAACGCUUUGAGCUGCACGCAAUUUGUUUCGUCCUUAAACCUCUAACCAAACCGUUACACCCCUCCAUGUUGAACUACAUGAAGGCACUUAUCCUGAACUUAAAUCCGAAAGUAACCAGCAACUUCGUGUUCGCUUUCACUCACACGAGAGAGUCGUUUUACAGUAUGGGUCAUUCCGAGGGUUUCAUGAGCGAAGCGUUCGACUUGUUGGAGAAGUGGUUCCCCGGUGCUAAGGUGCCUUUCAGGGAUAACGUUUUUUGUUUCGAGAAUGAGCCGUUUAUACAGCUGAUCACCAACAAGAAUUAUAUUGUGUUGAGGGAUGAAGUCGGGCAGUUGAAUUCAGAGAGUUGGACUAUUUCCUGCAAUCAGGCUUGGAAGUUUAUACACUACAUCGUAGGCAAUUACGCCACAGCCCCACUAACACCUUUCGAAAUGCUCGAAAAAACGACCAUCAACGACGUCCGACGAAUCCUCAACAUCCUCACUCAACCCUUAGUUGACAACGCACAAUACCUGAUAAUAAACAUAGCUCUACUGCUAUCCCACCGGAUCAAAUUAACGAAAGAAAAACUGGACGUCAAAGAAGCCAGACCCUUGUUCGAGGUACCAACCAUUAAAAUGAAAAUGGACAGCACGGUAUAUCCAGUCGUGCUGUGCGCCAGCUUGGACUGCGUCAGCAAGAUUCAGGUCGAUGAUGUGCAAAUACUAUUCCCAAAAACUAUAUGCGAAAGCCCAAAUAAUCUUUCCGAUAACAGGAGAAGAAUAAUAGGAGAUGAGGAACUCGUAAAAUGUAGACUUUUUGACAGAAAUACCGGAAAAUGCAUCAAAUGUAACUGUAGUUGCAACUUUCAUAUGUAUUCGUAUUAUCUGAAUGAAUUUUACCGGAAAGAUGCUUCGUUUACAUUCAAAAUCGAGAAAAUAACUUCCAAAAAAGUUAUUAAGGAGGAAGUGGAUAUACUGGUAUUGAAAAUUGACGAGAGAAUAGCUAGCUUUAAGGAAGAACUGACCGACAUAGCUAUUGCUGCAGCUGAGUUUACUUUUUUCCUUAAGACAACUUCUGUAAGAGACUUCAAUGAUUCUUUCAGGGACUACAUUAACUACUUAAUUGCUCGGGAGGAUAUGCAAAACAUAAAACAAACCUCCGAAGUAUCAAACUACUUACGAAAAACCUUGCAGCUCUACGACCAAGUUCUAACAGCGUACGAAAAAAACAACGUCUACAAACAAAAAAAUUUACGGACUUUAAAUGAAAGCGAACGUCUACUGGAAAGCGUCAAUACCGUAAUCAAUAAAGUUUUUAACUUGGAGCUAUGUGGACAAUAUUUAACCAAGUUGUUCAAUAUUCAAAUCAUGUCCAGAGAGAAUGAGUUUAGGACUACCGUACAUUACAAGAAGAAUGUUGUAGAGACUCAGAAGAUUCUGCAAAGAUUUCCUUCAGAAUCGUUGUUUAUGAGUCACUCCAAUACACCGAGUGAUUACUACAAACCUUGGUGUGGUUCCCCGGUACCAUAUUUAUCUGAUAAUAGUAUAGAAGCGAAACAUAACUUUAUAAAUCAACUACUAGACUUAUCGAUAGGUGAGCAGGUUAUGGAUGCAUCAACUUCAAAUGUUAGCUAUCCUCAGGCCCCAACCAAAGAAUCUGUUGCAUCCCUAGCGACUGUAGGGGAAACUUACAAUCUGAGAAGGAUCCACACUUAAUAUUUUUAAAAAUAAAUAUGACGAUAUUGUAUUUUAACCAUAAUUUAUUUGUACAUAAUAUUUUAUAUUGACAAAAUAUAUUUUAACAACUAUAUUAAACUUUUUGACUUUUUUUACUGUAUUAUAAGCAAGGACCGGAUU